GCCAAGAUGGCCGACUUCGAGGAUCCGCUGUCGGAGGAGGAGAAGGUUCGCAUAGCGGCCAACUUUGUGACACAUGCCCCCCCAGGAGAGUUCAAUGAGGUCUUCAAUGAUGUGCGGCUUCUUCUCAAUAAUGACAACCUCCUUAGGGAGGGAGCUUCACACUCCUUUGCUCAGUACAACAUGGAUCAGUUUACUCCCGCUAAGCUGGAGGGCUACGAUGAGCCGGUCCUGAUCACAGAGCAUGGCGACUUGGGUCAGGGGCGUUUUCUGGACCCCCGUAACUGUUUGUCUUUCCGCUUCGACCACCUAAGAAAAGAGGUGAGCGACGUGGAGCCGUAUGAAGGAGAUAUGACCCUGAGAAGCUGGAGAGAUGGCUGUGAUACUGCCCUUAGUGCCUACGUCAAAGAGCACUAUCCCACUGGAGUCUCCACGGUAUAUGGAAAAACAGUCGAUGGUCAGCAAACUAUCAUAGCCUGCAUUGAGGGACACCAGUUUCAACCGAAAAACUUCUGGAAUGGUCGCUGUAGGUCAGAGUGGAAGCUUACCAUUGGCCAGUCCACUGCUCAGGUGGUGGGAGUUUUGAAAAUCCAGGUUCACUAUUAUGAAGAUGGAAAUGUGCAGCUGGUUAGUCAUAAGGAGGUAGAAGAAUCAAUACCAGUGACUAAUGAAAGCCAGACAGCCAAGGAAUUUGUUGACAUUAUCGAGAACGCCGAAAAUGACUACCAGACUGCAAUCAGUGAGAACUACCAGACCAUGUCUGACACAACUUUUAAAGCCCUGCGUCGCCAGCUGCCUGUCACACGCACUAAGAUCGACUGGAAUAAGAUCCUAAGUUACAAAAUUGGCAAGGAGAUGCAGAACGCCUAGUGGAAGGUCAGGGACUGACCAGGGAGACGCACGCUGCGCUUGUCCCACAACCCAACUACACGUGCGCAAGGACUAACCAAAGCAAUGUCAGUAUGGGGCAAGGAUUUAAUAAUAAAAAACAGACAAAAAAAUAAUAACUGAAGAUUUGCAGACUGUUAGGCACAGGUAUCUGUCUGCGGUAAAGAAGUUGCAGUGUGGAGAUAGAUGGUUUGGAGAAAGUGGUUACUUGAGGAUGUGUGGUGUGAGAGAGUUGCGUUAGGUCAGUGUGCAGGACUGUGCUCAGGACUGCUACAUUAGAGGAGUGAAUCUUCCUUCGGCCAUUUAAGGAAUCCCAGGCCUCCCCACUUCAUGUGUCAGUGGUUACAUUACUCCUUCUUUAUCAAACUGUUGCAGAACUGUGAUCAUAGUUGAGAUAUCAGCCCACACGGACAAAAAAAAACGAACUGCACAAGGCAGCUGAUGAGAGAAAUUAAGCACAUCAUUACAUAUCAAGAGUUGGAUUUUGGAAUAAAACAUUGAUUUUGUGAAACUUUUCCUUAAAGAAUUGGGAUACUAGUACAUCAGAAAAAUUUGGCACAAAAUGAAUUGCAGUCAUCUGACUUUAACUGGUACUGACAGAACUUAGUUUUACAUCGCUGCAGGAUUGCCAGUUUUUUUUUUCCAUCUGAUUACAUUUAGAAGUAGCACGAUUCUCAGCAUAGCUCUGUUCCUGCACUGUUGACCUCUGAUGUCCGUCGGUGUCCCAGGGCUGAGGGAAUGUGUAUUUACUUUCUGUGUUGUGUCACUGAUGUAUGUGUCUCCACCAAUGCGAACUAUGAUGACUGAAAUAAGAUAAAUCACCCUCUACGCUGCUGCAUCUAUAAUGCAUUCUCUGGUCUCUUACUUUGACAAACACCACCUCCACUGCUGUACAGCGUUUCCUUUGUGAAAGGAGAAACAUGCUUAUAAUAACCAAGAUUUAUUUGCCAAAAUCUCUUUCCUAUGGUAAAGAACUCCAUCCUCCCACCCAUGUAUGCAAAUUUCUAUUUUAAUAUGCUGGUUUUUGUUGGAGUCUUAUAAUAUUAUUGCACUCUGAACUGUAACAAACUGUGUAUUGGUCAAUGCCAAGUGAAUGCAAAGCUGUUGCCAUGUAAGGCAAGAUCAUAUACACUGUAUACGUUACAUGACUUCUGGAAGGCCACAUCAUUCUGUAUGUGUUACACAACUUCUAAGUAGGCUGACUCUGGAUCAGUUACAUGUUAUCUAGACUGUGCCGUGUUCAACCCUCACACAAUACUACAACUGUGUGCCGAUCAGUUAUUAAGCUCAAGACUGUACUGCCCCGUUCUGCUGUACAAAUAAAUGGAUUGAACAGCUUG